AGUCCCCCAUAGUUUCCCGGGGCGGGCUGUGCUAGCUAAUAGCUAGCUAGCUAGCUACGCAAGUUUUCACGCCAGAGCGAGCCAAGCAUUUCUUGCUCAUUUCCAUAUUUCCUCUCUGUAGGACCAGCGAAGUCUUGCUUCUCAAUUCUUCUUACUUUUCUGCGAGAGAGGCUGAAAACCUCCGCCGACGGAAUCUAUGCCUAUGGCUACUAUUAGAAGAAUUGGCUGUUAGCUGCAGACCAGCUACACAAAACUCAUCGGUAAGGCACAAUAGCUAAAUGACUCAAUAGCCAAAUGAUGAGCGUGUGGCAUAUUGAUCACAAGAGGCAAUUGGUGUGGUACAGGAAGGAUUAAUUAAUGACAUAGCAAUAGCUAUAGCAAUGCAUACAUGCACAAUGCAGCCCAACAGUUGUUUAGCUCACUUGUACUGCUGUUACUUUAGAAUGUACAUUAUGUUCUUUGUCUUGUAAUGCUGGCCUUUGUAUAUAACUGAUCAGAUUCAUAGAUACAUAGCUAGGCAGUAUAAACAAGUACGUACGUAUAUCCAAGCAUCACGUGAGUAUUCACAAAGCCACGUGUACGGCAGAUGGCGACUGGUUGUAUGUGGACAAGACAUCUGUGUGUUGACAGACAGACGUAGGACUGAUAAGCUAACAAAAAACAUGGGUCCUUUGAGGGUGUUGUGGCUACUAGCUCUCUCAACGGUUCUCAGGGGCCAAAUUCCCAAUGAAAACGAUAUUGCUGUUAUACCUGGAAGGUGUAGAGAACACGUGGAAGCUACGUAUGAGCUAGAAGGCUGGUCAGAUGGAUUGAUAGUUGUCACAGAGACUCACGCAGAUGGGAAUGAUACCUAUACCACCAAAGAAAGAAUUCCUCAGAGACGCUGUCAAGGUGUAUUGUUCCAGCCUCUGAAUGUCACUAAUCUUACAUGCGUACGGAGAGAAUAUGUCACCAUUGAUGCUGUAAUAGACCUAAAGAGUAUUGGCACACAUGUCAUGGUGGAGCUCCAUAACAAAACAACAACAUAUAUUAUCAAGCUUGAAGAGAGCAGCUGUGAGUCACGUAUCACCAAGAAUGCAGUUGGGAGCAACGUAACAAUCACCUUUGAUCCCCCCACAUGCCCAGGGUGGGAAGACCCCAACAAUCUUGAAUACGAGGCAUUUCUGAUUUAUAGAGAAACGAACAAGACUUUUAAAAUUGCCCCUAUAUCAGGGGUGAAUUCUUACCAACUUCAUGGUAUACCAUAUGGACUCUAUGAGUUUAUCGUGAACGCUACAAACAGUUGCAGAGAGCAGUGUACUCUAGUGAGGAAGAAAUUUCAUGUUCCAGAACCAACCAUGGACGUGACAGCACAGACUAAUUCAGCUUUUCAUCUGAUGUCAGUUUGGAUUUCUCUAUUGCCAGGUUUCUUGGCAUUUUUACAGUUCUGAGACUGAUAGUGCUAUAUGCUGCGACCAUUAUCAUAAUUAUUCUGAAAGAUAUUAAUAAUCACCAUAAAAUGUACAUUAUAUAUAUGCUGCGACACCAUUGUCAUGUUAUGAAAGAGCUUGUAUUAUUAUUGAUCAUCACCAUAGAAAUUAAUUGUAUAUACCUUCAUUUAUUAAUCAUUGGAGUC